AAAAAACACAGAAAGGCGGGGAGAAGCCAGACUGCCUCUGGUCUUGCAUCACAGAGAUGUAUAAAGCAGCAGCAGCCGGCCUGCAAGUCACAGGGAUUUGGCAGCGUACCUAAUUGGGGCAGACAGAAAUUGGCAGAAGACGAACGUGUUCCUCUGGACCUCUUGAAGGCUUUCGUGGAACAGUGAUGGAUGAGCAAGACACAGCUUGGCCUGAAGCAGGAAGAAGCCGCGAUGCCAUCAAGACUGGGUGCAGUGAGGGAUUCUGGGAAAGAACUGUGCGGAAGGUCCUGGGUGAGGAGGACACCCUCAGCUCAGAUGUGCAACACCAGCAGUUGAGGCAGUUCUGCUACCAGCAAGCCGAGGGCCCCAGAGAGGUUUGCAGCCGACUCCACCACCUUUACCGUCAGUGGUUGAAGCCAGAAAGGCAUACCAAAGCUCAGAUGCUGGAUCUGGUGAUCUUAGAGCAGUUCCUCACUAUCCUUCCACCAGAGAUAGAAAGCUGGGUGAGGGAAUGUGGAGCGGAGACCACUUCCCAGGCGGUGGCCCUGGCCGAAGGUUUCCUUCUGAGUCGGGCAGAGGACAAGAAGCGGGCAGAGCAGGAGGAAAAAGAUCCCUUUGCAGAAAUGGGCUCUGAUCUCCCUGAAGCAGAGAGGACUCCAUCAGACACCAGACAGAGACAGCUGGGCGACAGAAUGAUGCCGGCAAGACCUCCUCAGGCAUCUCUUCUUUGUGGCAGAGGGGAAGCAGUUGCUGUGGCACCGGAUCAGGGAUCAGUGUCCUUUGAGGAGGUGGCUGUGUAUUUCACGAAAGACGAGUGGAUUCUGCUGGAUCCUGACCAGAGAGCGCUGCAUGCGGAAGUCAUGGAGGAGAAUUGUGGGAUCGUGGCCUCUCUCGAAGGGGACAAAUUGGAAACCAAGAAUAAGGGAGUCAACAACAAAAAACCCACAACAGGGGAGCGGAAUAAAAAUGUGGAGUGUAAACAGAAUUUCAGUCAGAGUUGCAACCAGAGAAUUCAUAAGAGGGAAAAACUAUACCAGUGUUUGGAAUGUGGAAAGAGCUUCAGUCGGAGUUCCAAUCUCACUUCCCAUCAAAGAAUUCACAAUGGGACGAAACCAUAUCAGUGCAUAGAAUGUGGAAAAAGCUUCCAUCACAGCACCACCCUUACUAUACAUCAGAGAAGCCAUACAGGAGAGAAACCAUAUACAUGCUUGGAAUGUGCAAAGAGCUUCAAUCGGAGCUCCCAUCUCACUUCCCAUCAAAGAAUUCACAGUGGGGAAAAACCGUAUCACUGCUUGGAAUGUGGAAAGAGCUUCCGUCACAGCACAACCCUUACUACACAUCAGAGAAGCCAUACAGGAGAGAAACCAUAUACAUGCUUGGAAUGUGGAAAGAGCUUCAAUCGGAGCUCCCAUCUCACUUCCCAUCAAAUAAUUCACAAUGGGAUGAAACCAUAUCAGUGCUUGGAAUGUGGAAACAGCUUCACAUGCAAGGCGAGCCUCACUUCCCAUCAAAGAAUCCAUACAGGAGAGAAACCAUAUCAGUGCAUAGAAUGUGGAAAAAGCUUCCGCUUGAAAGAAAGUCUUGCUUCCCAUCAGAGAAGUCAUACUGGGGAGAAUCCAUAUAAGUGCUUGGAAUGUGGAAAGAUCUUUAGCCGGAGCCACCAUCUCACUUCCCAUCAAAGAAUUCAUACUGGGAAGAAACCAUAUCAGUGCUUGGAAUGUGGAAACAGCUUCACAUGGAAGGCGAACCUCACUUCCCAUCAAAGAAUCCAUACAGGAGAGAAACCAUAUCAGUGCAUAGAAUGUGGAAAAAGCUUCAUUCAGAGGUGCCAUCUCACUUCCCAUCAAAAAAUUCAUACAGGGGAGAAACCGUAUCAGUGCUUGGAAUGUGGGAAGAGCUUCCGUCACAGCACAACCCUUACUACACAUCAGAGAAGCCAUACAGGAGAGAAACCGUAUCAGUGCUUGGAAUGUGGAAAGAGCUUCAAUCGGAGCUCCCGUCUCACCUCCCAUCAAAGAAUUCACAGUGGGGAAAAACCGUAUCACUGCUUAGAAUGUGGAGAGAGCUUCAUUCAGAAAGCAAGUCUCACUUCCCAUCAAAGUAUUCAUACGCCUAUGGGAUCUCUGGGGUGGCUUAGGUUUUACACUAUUAAUCUAAGAUGGUCUUCAGAUGAGAUGUUAUGAUAUUAAUAAUGUGAUGAUUAUGUAUAUGAGCAGAUUGUAUUUUAUAUUGUAUUUUAUAUUGUACGUCGCCCAGAGUGUCCGUUCAGUCGGACAGAUGGGCGUCUGCUAAAUAAAAUUUUAUUAUUAUUAUUAUUAUUAUAGAGGGGA